AUGAUUUACAAAGCCAUAAAAGCCCCCAGACAAAAAUCACUUCACAACAUAUCGACAAGAUUUCAUGAUAUGUCGCCUCCAUUUGAAAAAAAAAGAAAAAAAAUGUUAAAAACUAUAAAAACAUCAAAAUUUUCAAGAAUCAAAUUCACUUUUGUACUCAAGAGAUGUGCACCUACAAAAAUAAUAAAUUUAGGCUAUCUAAUUUGCAAAUGUUUCUUCAAUUCAUUUCUCUGGCGAAAAUUUACCAAACUGAUCAACUGCCAAGAGGUGCUUUCCAUCAUUCCACAUCUUUUAGCCCGGGAUAUCAAACGUCUUAGGCAAUUGAGAAACGCAGGUCUUACUAGCUGUAACUUUGAAGUACAACUCCCAGAAGCUAAACCAUCAGUAUGCAGAUAUUGCUGUGCUGCAGUAUUUUCAUCCCAGUUAGACGAACAUGAGAAUGAAUGUUGCAAGCCAGAUAACUGUGAAUUUUGUGGCAUCUUAAUUCCUCGCGCCAAGAAGCGGAAGCAUGAAAGUGAGUGCAUCUUUGAGGCAUGUUCACUUUGCGAUAAUUUCCAUUCACCAUCUCAUGAAUGUUCGAAAUCCAAUUCUCAAACCAUUGGAAUAUGUGAAGACCUGGAUUCAAGUUCACAAGAUGACUACUCAAGUCUUUCAUCUCAAAUAACUUCAGAAUACACAGUGGAUUUAAAAAUGACAAAAUCUGUUGAUAAAUUAUUGGAAGUUGAUUCUUCUUUUUUUUUCUUUUCAAUCUGA